CUCUCCACCGUGCGCUCGCUUUAUCUGCCGCUGUUAACCUUUGGCACAGGAUCAGAUCCAUACAGUAAAACUACAGUAAACUUUGCAGCCUCUUUACCUCUCAGGACUUCGCAUGGCGCUUCAAGCUAGAGCUCUGGUCACCUCUAAGUGGCUUGCGCAGGCUGUGCAGGUUCAGGGGAAAAUGCGCAUUUUGGACACUUCUUGGUAUUUGCCCAAACUGCGCCGAAACGCCAAGAGCGAGUUCAAAAAGAGGCACAUACCAGGCGCGGCUUUCUUUGACAUAGAUCAAUGCUGUGAUAAAACUUCCCCUCUGGACCACAUGCUGCCAACAGAGAAGAUUUUCGCGGAUUACGUCGGGCAUUUGGGAAUAGACGGCGACACGCACGUCGUGGUGUAUGAUGGCAGCGAGUUCGGCGCGUUCUCGGCGCCCCGAGUGUGGUGGAUGUUCCGGGUGUUCGGGCACAGUGCGGUCUCUUUGCUCAACGGGGGGCUCAGGAACUGGGAGCUGGAGGGUCGACCGCUGACCGACCAGCAUGUCAGACAAACAGCGACCGAGUUCAAGGCCUCUCUGAACCGCUCGUGGAUAAAGAACUACGAGGACAUCCUGGAUAACCUGGACACCCAGAAGUUCCAGGUGGUGGAUGCCAGGCCCACGGGCAGGUUCAGAGGACUGGACCCUGAACCCCGAGACAACACAGAACCAGGCCACAUCCCCGGCUCCAUCAGCGUCCCCUUCCACUCCUUCUUGUCCUCUUCAGGUCACUUUCUGCCCAAGGAGCAGCUCCAGGGACUCUUCUGCCGGGCCGGCGUGGACCUCAGCCGCCCUAUCUGCGUCUUGUGUGGCUCUGCUGUAACUGCGUGCCACGUGACGUUGGCGGCCCACGAGUGUGGCCACCCAGGAGUGUCGGUGUAUGACGGAGGGUGGUCGGAGUGGUACACCCGUGCAGUGCCCGAACACGUCAUAUCGGAAGGCAGAGGGAAACAUCUGUAACUGGAUCAAACUGGGGCUGGAUCACAAGAAACUCUUUACUUGUUGUUGGGGAAAGCAUGCUAAAAUUUAAAGGAGUUUGCCAUUUUGGAUCUUGUGUCUUCAUGCUAUGAGGCUACAGACAGUAAUGGGUUAGAUUAACUUUAACAUAAAGACUGGAAACAGGAGGACACACGGACUCUUUCUCAGCCAGAUGUUUAAGACUAGGCCCAUCAGCACCUCUGAAUUUUUCUAAUGUACACACACUAUAUGCUUUGUUUGAUCUGUGUAAACAGAAUUGUUAAACAAGUCCACGAUAUCUGCUUCCAGUCUAAGCUAAGCUAAGUGUCUGCUACCUGUGUCUUCAUAUUUAGCAUACCCAAUGACAACUCGUCCUUUAAUACAUUACCAAGGACACUAAGCAAGACUCAUUUAAUCAGUCUUGAAGCUGAAGAAGGUUUGUAUACAGCUAAUGUUUGAAUAAAACAGAUGUACUUUGA